CAUGGAGGUAUCCUUUAUAAGCGGUCAUAUGGAGGACCACAUUUGCACUGUGUCACCAAGGAAGAAGGUCGAUACGUGCUGAGGGAGAUGCAUGAAGGUUGCUGCAGUGAUCACAAUAAAUCGGGGGCCUUGGUCGCAAGGAUCCUAAGAGCAGGAUAUUUCUGGCCGAGAAUGAGAGAAGAUGCGAAAGCGAUGGUAAAAAAGUGCUUGCAAUGCCAGAAACAUGGUCCCUUGAUCCAUCAACCGGCCGAAGCGAUGACAACGAUGAGUGCCCCUAUACCCUUCGCUCAAUGGGGCAUCGAUCUGGUGGGGCCAAUGCUGCAGGGAACGGGACAAAGAAAAUUCCUAAUAGUGGCGGUCGAUUACUUCACGAAAUGGGUGGAGGCCGAGCCCUUGGCGAAGAUCACAGAAGAGAAAGUAAUUAAAUUCCUAUAUAACAACAUUUGCUGUCGUUUUGGUGUACCCAAGGUGUUGAUUUCCGACAACGGCACCCAAUUCAAUGGUAAGCGGAUCCGAGCAUGGUGUGAAGAUAUGAGAAUCGAACAGCAUUUCGCCUCUGUAGCUCAUCCGCAAGCCAACGGCCAGGUCGAGGUAACCAAUCGGAUCAUAUUGAAUGGGCUGAAAACAAAGUGCGAGCCUUGUGCAAAGAAAAGACGAGCUCAAAGGAAGGAGGCUAAAAGGCGUGGUUUGCGAUGGGUUCAAAGUGGAUGGUGGAUACCGGCGGAUGAUUGUGUGAGGUUGAAGGGUUGGGACCCAUGGCCAUCGGGCGAGUGCUCGAAAGAGGUCGGCGAGCACUUGGAGUCAGCUGGCGACGAGGGUGCGAGUACAAGCGAAAAGCGUGCAUCGUGUCUUGAUGCGCGCAAGGGGUCGAAUAAGCAGAGAUGUGCACGCGAGUGCACGGUUGACGACGGUGGUGUCGAAGGGCAGGCCUCGGACGCUGGGGGACGCGCGAGGCGCAAGGCAGUUGUGCGGUCGAAGCAGGAGCUGGUGGC